AGAGGUUAUUUUCGAGUCUUCUUCUUCCUAGUCACAGCAGUAGCAUCACCUCCCUCUCGUCCAUCACCGGCACCACCUUCUUAUCAUUCUUCUUCAUCCUCUGCUACCUCUAAGAGUACAAGCGCCUUCAUCACAAGCUCAGUGACAAAAGCGAUUUUUUUUGAUAAAUUUUCUUAUUAGUUUUGCUCAAAAUCAAUGAGCAGCUGGAGAAAUUGGUGAUAAUUACUUAAUUAGGUGUGCAUUGCUCUUCGAUGUGCUUCUUAAUAUUCAAUUUUUCUUGCAUUUUCACAAAAUUGAAACCAAGGGUUUCAAAAUGUUGGGGAAAUUUGUUGUUAGGGUUUUUUUAAUUGAGUUAGUACCGAAUGUUGCUUAAAGAUAAAACAUCUUCAUUAUUAAUCUUAGAAGUGUAUUACUGAACAGAUUUCAGAUCAAAUAUUUUGGUUUGAUUUUAGCUUGUUAAGUGUAUUAGUGUGAACAAAAUGGAGUAAUGUGAGGAAGAAUAAUGUAGGAAAUCUUAUAUUGAAGAGUUUGGGUGUUGAUAUGCAGUACUGAGUUUUUCUCAUGUUUGUAACUGAUUACAAAAAGGCAAGUCAGAACAAUGUCUUCAACAGAUAAAAAUAGGUCAUGGCAAAUUCUUCAAUCAUAUGGUUGGGAUUUACUAUUGGGAUUCAUUGCUAUGUUUUAUGUCUUGAUGGUCCCAUACACUAAGGUUGAAGAGAGCUUCAAUGUUCAGGCAAUGCAUGAUAUACUGUAUCACCGGCUUCAUAUAGAGAGGUAUGACCAUUUGGAGUUUCCCGGAGUUGUUCCUCGUACCUUCAUAGGUGCCUUGCUAGUAUCGCUUUUGACUUCACCAAUUACCUUAGCAAUGCAUUUAUUGAACAUGCCAAAGCUCUGUAGUCUUUUUGCAGUUCGAAUGGUUCUCGGGUGUAUCAUAUUGUCUACAUUGCGGUUCUUUCGGAUCCAGGUUAAAAGGAUCUUCGGUUACCAAGUUGAAGCUUUCUUUGUUGUAAUAACAGCUUGUCAGUUUCACAUGUUGUUCUAUUGUACACGACCUCUUCCUAACAUACUAGCUUCCGGUUUAGUUAACUUGGCUUAUGGCUUUUGGUUGAAGGGUUGUCCACAUCAAACUUUAAGAUGUUUGAUUUUUGCCGCAAUUAUCUUUAGGUGUGAUAUGGUUUUGCUUCUUGGCCCUGUUGGCCUAGAGCUUUUGCUGUCAAGAUCGAUAUCAAUUUGGGAAGCAUUUAAAUGCUGUAUCUGCUUUACUCUAUUAUGCAUGGGUUUCACUAUGUUGGUUGAUACAGUUAUGUGGCAGCAUUUCUUGUGGCCUGAAUUUGAAGUGUUCUGGUUUAACUCGGUUUUGAACCGGAGUUCGGAGUGGGGUACACAUGCUUUCCAUUGGUACUUCACUUCAGCUCUUCCUCGCUCUUUACUUGCGGCAUAUCCUCUGGCUUUGCUUGGUUUAGUGCUUGAAAGACGGAUGCUGCGGUAUAUUCUUCCAGUUUUCUCAUUUAUUCUACUUUACUCAAAGCUUCCUCAUAAAGAGCUUCGUUUCAUCAUCGGCUCAGUUCCUAUCUUCAACUUGUCAGCAGCCGUCACUGCUAGCAGACUAUACAACAAUAGGAAUAAAGGCGUUUGGAAGUGGUUUAAUUUUGCUGUCGUUGGAUCUCUUCUGAUGAGUGUAGGAUGCAGUCUUGUCAUGUUCAUGGCAUCCUAUGAAAACUACCCAAGCGGUUAUGCUCUAAAAGCUUUACAUCAGAUGGCGCCCGAUGACAGCAGUUUGAAAGUUCAAAUGCUCCACAUUGACACAUUAUCAGCAAUGAAUGGAAUUUCUCGCUUUUGUGAGAAUAGCCCACCAUGGAGGUAUUCCAAAGAAGAAAAGAUUCCCUUUAUGGAGUUUCAGCAUCGAAAUUUUACUUACCUUUUGAAUGAACAUUCUAGCAUCGAUGGAUUCAAAUGCUUACAUGUCGUAGAUGGCUUCUCGAGGCUUCGUUUACAAAAAGGCUUCCCACCAAUCAUACUGGUGAAGGAACCCAGAGUGUUUAUUCACGGAAAUAUCAAGAACAUAGAUAUUAAGCACUCAGGUUGGCCAGGUUGCCCUUGAGGUUUCAACUGCACCCAUAUUAUAUAUAUGGCACUGGUCGCUAAGAUGACUUUGAUAGGUUAUGUCGCAGUGCCUAAAAACUACUGAAUCUUUGGACAGACUCGUUGUCACACUUUCUGCCAAGUUAGCCAGUGUUUUCGUGGUUUCUGGUUCAGUAAUGUGCUCAGGCUCCUUCCUCUUCAACGAUAAUUCUGUUCAAUAGAUGAUUACAAGUGACUAGGACCAAGUUAUUUUGAGAAUUAACACUGAAUUGCCCAGUGUCAAGCCCAUUAUUGGUUUGCAGAAUUUGCUUGGCACUGGGAAGAUAACUCAUGACCUUCAAAGACUGCACAGGCGUCCGAUUUGAUUUUGCUUGAGUUUUGCGCAUUAGAAGUUUUAGAAACCUGGGGAGGUUUUGAAGUUGUAAGCUUCUUCUUACACUGUUGGUCCCCAGUUGAUUUCCAGAUAGAGAUGUUUAUAUGUACAAUUCAUAAUCUUACUGCAAUCUCAAAGAUGUUACAAAUGGCUUACCAAUACUCCAAAUCCAAUGUCAUUUCUUUCAAGUGAGUUUGAAGCCGCAGAAAAACAGUAGUCCUCUCAAAUAUUUGAUUGUGAGUAUACGUUAUACUCCAUCCAUUUCUAAAUAAGAGUUAUUAUCACUUUCGAUCUA